UCUAUCCCCUCCAUUGCCAACACAAUUAGCAGGAGGUGCCUCAGGCCAUCUCUCUCCUUUCUGCUGAUCUUCCGCUCUCGGCCUCCAAUUCAAUUCGAGUAUAUAGCCAGCCUGCAGGUCAGCACCUAGAUCUCCCUUGUAAAUGUUAUGAAUCUUUCCUUCUAGUUGUUGCCUGCUCAUUUGAGGUUGAUAGCCAUUCCCAUCCAUUCUGCCUCCAUAUCAGGGCACAGGAAACUGUUGGAAGAAGAGUACUGAUAAUACAGAGAGCAGAAAGAUCUAGCCAUGGCUGGAAACAAAUUGGUAGUGCUCGAUGCACUUGAUGUGGCCAAGACUCAAUGGUAUCAUUUCACAGCAAUUGUUAUUGCUGGAAUGGGAUUUUUUACCGAUGCAUACGAUCUUUUCUGCAUCUCGCUCGUAAGCAAGUUACUUGGCCGGAUUUACUACACAAAACCAGACUUAGAAAAGCCCGGCACGUUGCCUCCAAACGUAGCUGAUGCUGUUAAUGGUGUGGCGCUAUGUGGCACUUUGGCCGGCCAGCUCUUCUUUGGUUGGCUCGGUGACAAGUUGGGCCGCAAGAAGGUCUAUGGCAUAACUCUCGUUCUCAUGGUGGUCUGCUCCGUCGGCUCCGGGCUCUCCUUUGGACAAUCAGCAAAUGGUGUCAUUACCACACUCUGUUUCUUCCGGUUUUGGCUUGGCUUUGGCAUUGGUGGUGACUACCCACUUUCUGCUACGAUUAUGUCUGAAUAUGCAAACAAGAAGACUCGCGGAGCGUUUAUAGCAGCAGUUUUUGCGAUGCAAGGGUUUGGAAUUUUGGGUGGUGGGUUUGUCGCUUUAAUUGUUUCAAGCGCGUUCAACAACAGAUACAACCCUCCCGCAUUCCAAGAUAAUCCAGAGGCCUCGCUUCCAUCCCAAUCUGACUAUGUGUGGCGCAUGACGCUUAUGUUUGGAGCUCUCCCUGCUCUCCUCACGUACUACUGGCGUAUGAAAAUGCCCGAGACAGCUCGUUACACUGCCCUGGUCGCAAAGAACGCAAAGCAGGCCGCGGCAGACAUGUCUAAGGUGCUUCAAAUGGAAAUUCAAGCUGAAAAGACAAAAGUAGAGAGGCUUGCUGGGGAGCCAUCCAAUACCUUUGGCUUAUUCACCAAGGAAUUCGCAAAACGCCAUGGGCUUCACUUGCUUGGAACCACAUCUACUUGGUUCUUGUUGGACAUCGCAUUCUACAGCCAAAAUCUGUUCCAAAAGGAUAUCUUCUCCGCCAUUGGGUGGAUUCCAAAGGCAGCAACCAUGAGUGCACUCGAAGAGGUUUUCAAGAUUGCAAGGGCGCAAACACUCAUAGCAUUGUGCAGCACCGUGCCGGGGUAUUGGUUUACGGUCGCCCUGAUUGAUUACAUGGGAAGGUUCGCAAUCCAACUGAUGGGAUUCUUCUUCAUGACUGUGUUCAUGUUUGCACUUGCCAUUCCUUACAAUCAUUGGACGCACAACCAUCUCGAGUUUGUCGUAAUGUACUCGCUCACCUUUUUCUUCGCCAACUUUGGACCCAAUGCCACAACAUUUAUUGUGCCAGCUGAAAUCUUCCCUGCAAGGCUAAGGUCUACAUGUCAUGGAAUAUCAGCCGCUGCCGGGAAGGCAGGAGCUAUAGUUGGGGCGUUUGGAUUCUUGUAUGCUGCGCAAAACCAAGACAGAAAUAAAGUCGAUGCUGGAUACAAGCCUGGAAUCGGGGUGAAGAACUCGCUUCUUGUGCUUGGUGGAAUUAACUUCUUGGGAAUGCUGUUUACCUUGUUGGUGCCAGAGUCCAAGGGAAAAUCAUUGGAGGAGUUGACGGGAGAGAACGAUGAAGGUGAGAUUGAGACUACCGAGCAGAUUAAUGCAGCUGGUGGUAGGACAGUUCAAGUGUGAUUAUAUAUGGGGUCUUGUUUAACGAAAGUACCUUCCAAUAUUUCAAGUUUGUGUGAGAUUUUCAUUCGUUUGUGGUUUCUCGUGUUUAAAUUUAAGUGCAGCACUGCGCGCAGUAAUGGUACUGUAGAUAUUUUGUAUUGGUUUGGAACUUUGGAUCACUCCGAUCAUUUAAUUAACAACAUUAUAUUGUGUGUUUCCAUA